CACAUUCAGUGUUUCAAGCGUAUCGAUUCCUGUUCGUGCUGGAGAGAUUUCGCUUUCAGCUCCGCGCGCUGAUGCUGGAGCGUGUUAUCGAGUGCGGAACUGCCGCGGUUCAUCAACAACAACAUGAAUUCUAACCCUAAAUAAAUGGUUACCGGUCACGGGAGUGGGGGAAAGCUACUUUGGUUACUGUCACCGGCGCUUAAAAUCCCUAGACGGGUGAAGAGAGAAACGCAACUGGGAGUUUUAAGCGUUUAACGUUAGUUGACAGGUGGACCAAUGCCGCCAGUUCAGAGAACUAUGUCGGAUCUCCGUUCCCGUGCUGAAGGUUAUGAAAAGACCGAAGACACUUCAGAGAAGACUUCUCUAGCAGACCAGGAAGAUUCCAGAUUAAUAUUCCUCAAUCAGCCCCAGUUUACCAAAUUCUGCAAUAACCGUGUCAGCACUGCAAAGUACAACGUUCUUACGUUCCUGCCUCGGUUCCUGUACUCUCAGUUCAGAAGAGCAGCCAACUCCUUCUUCCUCUUCAUCGCACUUCUGCAGCAAAUCCCUGAUGUGUCACCAACAGGGCGAUGGACAACACUUGUGCCGUUACUCUUCAUUUUGGUGGUGGCAGCAGUGAAGGAGAUUAUAGAAGACCUGAAGCGUCACAAAGCUGAUAAUGUUGUUAACAAGAAAGAAACACAAGUAUUGAGGAACGGCGCUUGGGAGAUUGUACAUUGGGAGAAGGUUAUGGUUGGAGACAUAGUUAAAGUUAAUGGCAAAGAUUUCAUACCAGCAGAUGCAAUACUGCUGUCGUCCAGUGAACCUCAAGGAAUGUGCUACAUUGAGACCUCAAAUCUGGAUGGAGAAACUAAUCUCAAGAUCAGACAGGGUCUGCAGAUCACUGCUGACAUUAAGGACAUUGACAGUCUGAUGCGUAUCUCCGGACGGAUGGAAUGUGAGAGUCCCAACAGACACCUCUAUGAGUUUGUGGGCAAUAUUCGCCUGGAUGGACACAGCACUCUACCACUGGGCCCUGAUCAGAUCUUGCCGCGAGGAGCUCAACUCAGGAACACACAGUGGGUGCACGGUAUCGUGGUCUACACAGGGCACGACACCAAACUCAUGCAGAACUCCACACGCCCGCCUCUGAAGCUUUCCAAUGUGGAGCGCAUCACCAACUUUCAGAUCCUCGUGCUUUUCGGCUGUCUCUUGGCCAUCUCGUUGGUUUGCUCCAUCGGCCAGACCAUCUGGAAGUAUCAGUACGGCAAUGACGCCUGGUACAUGGAUCUCAACUCUCCAGAUGGUGGAGCAGCUAAUUUUGGCCUGAACUUCCUCACCUUCAUCAUCCUCUUCAACAACCUGAUUCCCAUCAGUCUUCUGGUGACUCUAGAGGUCAUCAAGUUCGUCCAGGCUUUCUUCAUCAACUGGGACACUGACAUGCUGUAUGAAGCCACCAACACACCAGCUAUGGCCCGGACAUCAAACCUGAAUGAGGAGUUGGGACAGGUUAAGUACAUCUUUUCGGACAAGACGGGCACCCUGACCUGCAACGUCAUGCAGUUUAAGAAGUGCACGAUUGCAGGCGUGGCCUACGGUCAUGCAGCUGAAGUUGAGGAUGGUAGUUUUGCGGAGGAGGACUGUCACAGCACUCAGUCCGCAGAGGAAGCUGGAUUUAAUGACCCCAGCUUACUGGAAAACCUCCAAAGUAAUCAUCCCACUGCUCCAGUCAUUAAAGAUUUCAUGACCAUGAUGGCUAUCUGUCACACGGCUGUCCCUGAACGCACCGACAACACGAUCACCUACCAGGCUGCUUCCCCAGAUGAAGGUGCAUUGGUUCGGGCAGCAGAAAACCUGGGUUUCGUGUUCACUGGGAGAACUCCAGACUGUGUUAUUGUGGAGUCGCUUGGAGGGGAGGAGAAAUAUGAAUUGUUGCACGUUUUGGAGUUCACAAGUACCAGGAAGAGGAUGUCAGUCAUUAUGCGGAUUCCAUCAGGAAAGAUCCGCCUUUAUUGCAAAGGGGCUGACACUGUGAUCUAUGAGCGAUUAGCAGACAGCUCCAGAUACAAGGACAUCACCUUGAAACACCUGGAACAGUUUGCCACAGAGGGUCUGCGCACACUGUGUUUCGCUGUGGCCGACAUCUCAGAGUCGUCCUACCAACAGUGGCUCGAGGUUUAUCAUCGCGCCUCAACGUCUCUCCAAAACAGGGCACUCAAGAUGGAGGAAAGCUAUGAACUGAUUGAAAAGAACCUGCAGUUGUUGGGGGCCACAGCCAUUGAAGACAAACUUCAAGACAAAGUACCAGAGACCAUCGAGACCCUCAUGAAAGCCGACAUUAAGAUCUGGAUCCUGACUGGAGACAAACAGGAGACCGCCAUCAACAUAGGACACUCCUGCAAACUGCUCACGAAGAACAUGGGCAUGCUGGUGAUAAACGAGGACACCCUGGAUGGUACCAGGGAGACCCUUAGCCAUCACUGCGGCAUUCUGGGAGAUGCUCUGCACAAGGAAAACGACUUCGCUCUCAUCAUAGAUGGGAAGACGCUGAAGUACGCCCUCACUUUCGGGGCACGGCAGUAUUUCCUGGAUUUGGCUCUUUCCUGCAAGGCUGUGAUAUGCUGCAGGGUUUCGCCUCUGCAGAAGUCUGAGGUGGUUGAGAUGGUGAAGAAACAGGUGAAAGUGAUCACUCUGGCCAUUGGCGAUGGAGCCAAUGAUGUGGGCAUGAUCCAGACUGCCCAUGUGGGUGUUGGCAUCUCUGGAAAUGAAGGACUACAGGCUGCCAACUCAUCAGACUACUCUAUUGCACAGUUCAAGUACUUGAAGAAUCUUCUGCUGGUUCACGGUGCUUGGAAUUACAACCGCGUUGCCAAGUGCAUCCUGUAUUGCUUUUACAAGAACAUUGUGCUGUACAUCAUUGAGAUCUGGUUCGCGUUUGUGAACGGCUUCUCCGGUCAGAUUCUCUUUGAGCGCUGGUGUAUCGGCCUGUACAACGUGAUCUUUACGGCUUUGCCUCCUCUGACCCUUGGCAUCUUCGAGCGCUCCUGCAGGAAAGAGAACAUGCUCAAAUACCCUGAACUCUACAAAACCUCCCAGAAUGCAAUGGGCUUUAACACCAAGGUCUUCUGGGCUCAUUGUCUGAACGGCCUGUUUCACUCAGUCAUUCUCUUCUGGUUCCCCCUGAAGGCCUUCCAACAUGAUACCGUCUUUGGAAACGGAAAGACACCAGACUAUCUCCUCUUAGGCAACAUGGUUUAUACAUUUGUUGUGAUCACGGUGUGUCUGAAGGCUGGGCUGGAGACGUCGUCCUGGACCAUGUUCAGCCACAUUGCCAUCUGGGGCAGCAUUGGAUUGUGGGUAGUCUUCUUUGGCAUCUACUCCUCUCUCUGGCCUCUGAUUCCUCUUGCCCCGGAUAUGUCAGGAGAGGCGGACAUGAUGUUCAGUUCAGGAGUAUUCUGGAUGGGUCUGAUCUUUAUUCCCAUCACCUCUCUGGUGUUUGAUGUGGCCUACAAAGUUAUGAAAAGGUUGUGCUUUAAGACCCUGGUUGAUGAGGUGCAGGAGUUGGAGGCGCUUUCCAAAGAUCCAGGAGCUGUGGUGCAUGGGAAGAGUUUGACCGAGAGAGCCCAGCUCCUGAAGAACGUCUUUAAGAAGAGCACUGUCAGUCUGUACCGGUCCGACUCCAUGCAGCAGAAUCUACUCCAUGGCUACGCAUUCUCACAGGAUGAGAACGGAGUGCUCUCCCAGUCUGAGGUCAUCAGAGCCUAUGACACCACCAAGCAGCGGACCAAUGAGUGGUGAGAUCCGGCUCGCUGGACCCCGCCCCCUCUCAGCGGUCACUCGACUUUUUAAAGGCUGACAGAAAGCGGAAGCCUGUCAGUUUAACUUUGGCCAGCCUAGGGCACCCUGGGCAACAACGGAUAGGACAAAUGAAGCGGUAUGAGAAAGAGAAAAUCAAGUUUUGUUGUGCUGUAGUUGUAUGUUCGACAGCACACACUAGCACUGUGCUAGCAUAUUUUUGCCCAGCCUGCGGUCAGUAUGGUUUCUGAUCUGUCAAACAGAGGAGAAGAGCAUCAAAAAUCGACUCUCCUCUCUCCUAUGAGUGUUACAGCCAAAAAUGUGUUGUUGGGGGUGGUGAUAACUUUUGUGGUAAUGGUCUUUGACUGUGACUUCCUAAUCAUUAAUGGCACAUAAACACUCCCUUUUGGUUUUUUAAUGUUUCGGUAUUUUAUUUGCAUCAACAAUAACAAAAAGACCUAUCCCAGAUCACUGGAAACUUUCAAAGAACAUUAUGAAUGCAGUCCCUGUUUUAAAAACAAUAUGUAUUUAGAAAUAAUAAUUAGGGGUUAACCGGUUGUUUUUACACUCCUCAAAUGCUUUCUGCACUAAUGAAAACUGUUUUUUAUUAUUUAUUUAUUUUUAGAUUCAUCUUAACUCUCAUGUACCAAGGCCUUACAUUUGUUGUUGCCUUCAGCCAAUUAUUGGGAAUAUAUUUAGUUUUUGAUUUGUUUAGAUUUUGGCUUUAUCGUGCCUGAUUCUUCAGACCUUUUUAGCUUGCACGUUUUAGCGUUAGUUUUUACUUUAGUUUAGCAGCGUUUCAAUGGCUUUCUUGAACACGUUUCUGCAUUCCACGUCUUACACGGCUGCAAUGAUCACAAAGGUGCCUAACAGGAACUCUCCUUUUUUCCCCAGUGAGAUAAUAUUUUCCGAGUCUCUAUCUAGGCAGCGUUGUGCACGUUAGACCAAAAUACUGAUGUAUCAGGCUGCUACGCGAGCGUAAUGAACCUCGGCCCCGCUUAUGCGUCCAGCUCCUCGAGUGAAUCUCUUUUAGACCAUCAGACGUUCACCAUAAUGUUUAUUUGACUUAGAACACAGUGAUAAUCCCUCAAGUAUAAGUGCCAUUCGCAUAGAGGAGGAACGGAGGAUUUCGCCAGACCCACACAGUAUCGAUCCAACUUUGUCUGUAUAGUUAUUUUGUGAAUUUGUAUUUUUAUAUUGGACUGAGUGUGACUUUUUUGGACUGAUCUGCUUUGUAAUGAAAACGUCGUCCCUCUUUUUUUUGUGGUUCUCCUUCAGAAACUGGUCGUGGUUCAUGAGCUUACGUCGCCUGUGACUUCAACUGUCUUGUUCGUGCGUUGGUUUUCUUCUCCCUGUGGGAGAGCACGUUUUGUAUAGUGCGUCUGCGCAACGUGUGUCGUCUGCAUGUGCAUGUGUGCUGCGUGACUGCGUGAGAGUUUGUGUUCCCGUCGGUAUGCAUGUCCGUUUAACUGUAUUACAAUAGUUCUCAAGAGAUUUGAAUGAGGAUGUGCGUGUGUGUGUGUGUGAUGUCCUCUUUGUCCGGUUGUAUGAUGCUGCUUGUUUCGUCCGUCUGCACGACUCCAGGUAUACUAACGGUGAGCUGUAUGCCAUUGCAUGGCCCUGUACAUCAGCAGGCGUGUGUGUGUGUGUGUGUGUGUGUGCGUGCUGGUGUGUAUGAAGCUCUGCUAAAGCUUGACCAGAGAUGUUGCACAAUGCACUCUUUUAUCUUUUAUGUGAUGAAUAUUCUCUUUAUGUAGUUCAUAUCAGUUGCAGUAUUAUUUAUCUGGAUGGAUGUACUGUACGUGUUCUUAAUUUAGUUUCAGAUCUCAGUGUAACUCUUCUUCUUCAAGCCGAAACGUCUUUUAUUUAACUCAACAAGAAUACAUUAAUGGCUCUGUGCAUUUCGCUCCUUAAGCUGUGCUUUUUUCUGUGGGUCAUCAUCCGACUCGAACACUGGAAAUAUGAUGUGACGUUGGUUAAAGGCUUGGACUGUUGCUUUCCGAAUUUCCCGUCUGUCAAAGUGACUGAUUGCAUGAAUGGAAAAGUUGUUCUUGGUUUAGCCUAAAUGUUAAUCGUACGCUGAAUCUCUCUAGUGUUGGUCACUUUAAAGAAUGAAAAUGCACUUUGAUAUGGUUUUGAAGUCUCUAUUGGGUGUUUUCCUUUUUUGUUUUCUUUUGGAUCUUUUUCUUUUGUCUUUUUGUUAAAUGAUUGUUUAGCAUGUUGGAACUGCAAACUUUUAAGUGUUUUGUCUUUUAACUGCCAUGAAGGACUACUGAAAUAAACUUUACAACUGAAGA